CGACGACGACGACGACGACGACGAUGGUUCGGACGCGGAAGAUUAUCGUGAUAAGGAGUUCGACGCGUCGACGGGGAGGCUGAUAGCUCGAGAUUGCGCGCGUAUUGUCAUUAAGCGCAUACAUCGAAACGCCGCGAUUGCAGUGAUUCCACCGACAACACAACACCCGCCGCCUCAACCACCACCACCACCACCACCACCACCACAAUCCUACAUGCCGUAUACGGCGUAUAGAGAAAAUAUAUCUAUCCGAUCGUAUAAGCACCAAGUCAGCACGAUUAGGACUAGUAAAUUAGUCCUAAACAGAUUCGACGACAAACGACAUAUUCUCCCUAAUCGUAUUGAUACCCUAGCACAUGGGCAUUAUCGAAUUGAUUAAAUAAUCAUAAAAAAAAUAUUGUUAUCAUUAUCACAAUUAUUAUUAUUAUUAUUAUUGUUAUCACUAACGUAAUUGUUAUUAUUAUUGUUAUUAUUACUAUCACCAUUAUUAUUGUUAUUGUAUAAUCUGUUAAAAUGUAAACGGUAUUGUGUGUGGCGGGGAAAAAAUCACAAUUCAAUAUAUAUAUAUAUAUAUAUAUAUAACACACACGUAAAGCGUAUUCAUUUUUUUUUUUUUUAUCCUUAGGGGUAAAUACUAGUGUUGGCCAACGAUAUAAUUAUUUAUUAUACUUUUAUUAUACUUAUUGUCGCAUACAAAAGCACAAACUUUAUUCUCAAUAUUCCAGUGUUAAGAAUAUAUUUUAAAUUGUUUACGAUAUUUACUGAUGUGUGUGAUUCAGGAACUUCCACCGUUUCUAGUACUCGAGUACGUAAACACCAAUCUUGUAAAUAGUGACAUGUCACGCCUAGAUAACUAUGGUUUGAUGCUGAGGUCUAAAAGUCUCAGGUUAAAGAAACAUUUUCCAGAAAGAUUUUAAAAUUAUUCUUUUCGUUUCGGGCAGUCGUAUCAACCAAUAUCGUAAUGGUUUGUUUACUUGGAACAACAUACUCAGGGACAGCUAUUUGCAUGAAUUCAAGAAAACCAGUUCCAUGUACAAUACUUAAUGGUCUCAAAUCUUUCACAACAAAUUUUACUAAUCCUUUUGUUAGUUCCUUACUACGUUUACUUUUGAAUCAUAAUUUUGAAUUGUUGUCUUUGAAAUACGAAACAAUAAAUUACGAUAUCGUAUCGAAAUAUCAAUAUCGUUGGCCAACACUAGUAAAUACCAUACCACAUACAGUAAUGUAAUUAUUUACGGUGGUACACAGAGAUAAUUUAGUAGCCUUAAAAUCGUAUUUUUUAUAUUUUUUUUUUUUUAUUAUUACGAUUUAGAACAUAAUAAUAUCACAUCGUGCAGUGGAUAACGAAUAAUCGUAUAAUUGAUUAUAAAUACUAUCAUCAAUCUAGAUUUUUUUUUUCCCCUCGUAGCGUUGGCACGUUAUCCGAUAAUAUUUACUAAAACAAAACCCCACCCACUCCGUAAUUUUAAAAUAUCAGUUUACGGCUGAGUGUACAUACAGACAACCCUGUGUCUCUCAACAGUCUUCAGUCCUCAUCAACCAUUAUAUCCAAUACAUACAUACCUACAUCCACGGACGUUCGAUACAAAUAUAAAAAUAAAUAUGUCUGAAUCGUCUGGAUCAUUUUUCAACAGCCCCACAAGACCUACAACAUUUGACUCGCCUCCAUUAUCACCGCCGUUAUUUGACGAUGUAUACCUCCUCAAUACGGAUGGAAAUGGAGGUGUCGAUGGACAUGUAUCAUUAAUUUUCGAUCCGAACCAAUCCUAUCCGUGUCCACCAUCCAAUGCAUCAGAUAUGAUAUUUGCAUUCGAGACCGAGAUACUACAACUCAAAGACGCUCAAUCGUGGUAUCUACUUAAUGAAGAUGAAGUGCAUUGGAGAAAAAAAAUGUUACAAAGAUUUCAAUGGGAAACUUUAACAAAAAAAAAUCCUGCGGGGAAAAUAUUGGAAACAUUAAAAAAUAUAUCCUGUUGGGAAAAUACCUAUAAAUAUAUCAAAUAA